CAAACUUUUGGCCCUUCAAUUCACAUCAAAUACAAAAUCAUCAAAUUAACAAAAAAUUAAUUAGAAGAAAUGGCAUCUAUUAGCAUGAAGUCCUCAACAUCAUCUUUCCAAAAGAUGGCUUUGGUUAUUUUAGUACUUGCACUAGUGGUGCAGCUCAAGGGCUCAAUGGCUCAGUCUACACCUUCUAGCACAUGCGCCUCCCAACUCGGUGGUCUGAAUACGUGUGCACCCUUUGUGGUCCCCGGACAAGCCAACGCGAACCCGAGUGCUGAAUGUUGUGGGGCCCUCCAAAGUGUGAACCAUGAUUGCCUUUGUAACACCCUUAGGGUUGCUAGUCAGCUGCCUGCUUCUUGCAACCUCCCCGUUCUUAAUUGCAGUAGCUGAGCUAGAGAUUUGCUGAUCAAGAAAUAAAACAUCAAGCUUUGCUAUUUUCCCUUUUAAUUUAUAAUUUUAUUUUAUCUAUUAAAAUGUGUCAACAUACAAGAAAAAUUGGGCAGUUGGUCACGGAAAUGUGUUUGAGGGACAGAAAAGAGGCACAAAAUUAUAAAGUGUAAUGUGCCUUUACUAAAUAAUUAUACUACAAAUAUAUGUAUGUAAUUCCUCAUUUAUGGGAAUUAACACUUUAUAUUAUAACUUCUUGAUUUUUAUUUUC